AUGGCGACGCGCGUGCUCGCGGUUUCAGUCGCGCUCGCGGCGGCGAGCCAUGCCUUCGUCGUGCCGAAGACCCGCGUCGCACCGACGACUCUCAACGGCAAGGACAGCGACGUCGAAGAGCUCGUGUCGGCGUCGAUGUAUGGCACCGCCGCCGACGUCGCGUCCAAGGCCCUGGCCCUCGCGGACCGCACGGCGGCGGCGGAAAAGGGCGUCGCGGUGCUGCUGGGCGAGAUGGAGGCGCUGCGGGCGACCGCCGCGCGCGCCGAGGCCGCGGAGCAGGAGCUCGAGGCGACGACCGUCGCGCUCGAGACGCGCGCCGCGGCCGCGGCGCGGAAGCUCGAGGCGACGAACGUCGCGCUCGAGACGCGCGCCGAGGCCGCGGAGCAGAAGCUCGAGGCGACGACGGUCGCGCUCGAGGCGCUCCGCGAGGAGCGCGAGAGCUUCCUCGCGGAGCGCGAGGCCGAGGUCGAGGCCAUCGAGGCGGCGACGGCCGAGUCCAUGCAGGCGAGGAAGCGCGUCGCCGAGCUCGAGGACGCGCUGGCCGCGCUGGACCGGAAGCUCGCGACGGCGACGCGCGACGCCUCCGCCGCGUCCGAGCGCGCGGACGCGGCGCAGGCCGAGGCCGACGCCCUGGCGCUGAAGCGGGACCGCGCCGUCGAGCGCCUCGCCGUGAGCCGGCGCGACAACGAGGGCCUGCAGGAGGUGCUCGGCCGCCAGGCGGACCUCGUCGAGAAGUCGCAGGCCAACUACGAGAAGUCGCUCGCGGGCUUCCGCGAGGCCGCGGUGGAGGCCCAGUCGACCAUCGACCGCAUCGCCGAGUUCUCGGGCAUGGUCUGGGCGUCGGGUGCGUUCGGCAUCGGCGCCGCUACCGAGGAGGCCGCGGCGAACGCGGGCGAGGCCGAGGCCGAGCGGGCGGCGAAGGACGCCGCCCAGGUCGCGCUCACCCGGGAGCAGGCGGACCGCGCCUCCGACGCGCGGCGCGCCGCCGCCGCGGAGAAAGCGGCGGCCGACGAGCUCGCCGUCGAGGCCGCCAGGGCCGCGACGAACGCGGCCGAGGCCGCGCGCGAGCGCGACGCCAAGCUCGCGGCCGAGGCGGCCUUCGCCCGGGAGCAGGCGGAGCGCGCCUCCGACGCCGCGGCGGCGGCGACGGAGGCCAAGCUCGCGGAGACCAAGCUCGCGACCGAGGUCGGCCGGACGAAACUCGCGAGGGCGGACGCGAGCGAGAAGGGCGCGAAAGUCGUCGAGCUCGAGGGCCAGCUCGCGAGCCCGGCGGUGCUCUUCCGCCGCCUCCGCGUCGUCCUCGUCGCCCGGGCCCGCGCCGCCGCCGGUCGCGCCAAGAACGGGACGAUCUCCGCGGCCCGGGCCACGGGCUCCGCCGUCGGCAACGGCGCCCGGGCCACGGGCUCCGCCGUCGGCAACGGCGCCCGGGCGACGCGGUCCGCCGUCGGCAACGGCGCGGCCAAAACGCGCGCGGCCGCGUCGCGCGCGAAAACCGGGAUACUCGCCGCGGCCCGCGCGACGCGCUCCGCGGUGAGCACCGACGCGGCGGUGAAAACGCUCGACGCCGCCAGGGCCGACGCCGCCAGGGACGACCUGCCCAAAAACGGGGCCAAGGGCGGCGCGCCCCAGUAAGACUUCCAGUA